CCGAGAGCAAAGCAUUGUACAGCGAAUACGAAGCCGCACUGAACAAUGCCGACUCCUCCGAAGAUAAAGUCACCAGUUUCCGGUCCUGGACUUCCACUACUGCUGCAAAUGCUAAUGGGAAUACUUCUCAUGAUGCUGACUUCCGUGCUAGGCGCCACUUCUACGACGGACCCCAAGGACGCUAAUGUCAAGGCCUUGGACCGCCUCCACGCCGGGCUCUUCACGAAUUACGACAGCGAUGUGCAGCCUUGGUUUCAAGGAGCCCCCACGGAGGUCUCCCUGGGAAUGGUGGUCACCUACAUAGACAUCGACGAGUUGAACGGCAAGAUGACCACUCACUGCUGGUUAAAUCUCCGAUGGAGAGACGAGGAGCGUGUGUGGCAGCCGUCGGAGUAUGACAACAUCACGGAGAUCACCUUGCGGUCCAGCGAGGUCUGGACCCCACAAAUCACACUCUUUAACGGCGAAGAAGGCGGCCUAAUGGCCGACACCCAGGUGACCCUCAGCCACGACGGCCACUUCCGGCGGAUGCCGCCAGCCUUGUACACGGCCUACUGCGAACUCAACAUGCUGAAAUGGCCCUACGACAAGCAGAGCUGCAAGCUGCAGGUCGGCUCCUGGGGCCUGAAGGUCGUCCUGCCGGAGAACGGCACGGCAAUGGGUAAGUCCCUUGACCACGACGACCUGGUCCAGUCACCGGAGUGGGAGAUCGUGGACUCCCGAGCGCAGUUUGUCAUUCAGGACUACUACGCCUACAUGGAGUACACUCUGACGGCUCAGCGGCGAUCCUCGAUGUACACUGCCAUCAUCUAUACCCCCGCCUCCUGCAUCGUCGUCCUGGCCCUCUCCACCUUCUGGCUGCCACCCCAUAUGGGCGGCGAGAAGAUCAUGAUCAACGGCCUGCUCUUCAUCAUGAUCUCCACCUUCCUCAUGUACUUCGCCCAACUUCUGCCAGUGCUGUCCAACAAUACUCCACUUGUGGUGCUUUUCUUCAGCAUCAGCCUGCUGUUCUUGAGCGUCUCCACCAUCGUCGAGGUCCUAGUCCUGUUCCUGGCCACUUCCAAGCACAAGGUACGCAUUCCGGAGGCGCUGAGGAAACUGCUGCACGGGAACCCGGGCACCUGGUUGCUGCUCUCGGUGUUCAGCAGCACCGGCGAGUCGCAGGCGGAGAGGACCGUGGAAAUGGACGAGCACGCGGUCGAGGCCAGUCCGCUGGUCAUCAACCCCGUUCAAGAGCCGGGCGCCAAGGCCAACCAGUUCGACUGGGCGUUGCUGGCCACCGCGGUGGACCGCAUUUUCUUUGUGGUCUUCAGCCUGGCCUUCUUGAUCCUCGCUAUCAAGUGUUCCGUGUAGGACUGCUCGGGACCUAACGCCACACCCCUACCUUGAGUAAAGUCGUUGCCCAUCAAUCUCGAAGCAGUAUUUCAUUUUCCAGAGCCACCGAGCGAACCUAGCCAAGGUACGAGUGCACUCUGAUUUAGCUUUGCAUUUGCGAUUUGAUGUAUUUACUGUGUGUGCGAACUUAGAAUUAUUUAAUGAUGAGACCUCGUAUGGAAUAAAGGAGCUCUGCCG